CGUCCGACGCGGAAGUAACUCUCUCAACCGUUUUUGACGCAUGUAUCUGCAGCUUCCGCGCUCCUUAAAAACAUAAAGCAAACGUUUUGGGACGUAAACAGUUUUUAGCUGACACUGCCGGUGGUGUGUGAGGCUGAGUCAUGUCGUCCAGCGGGGAGGCGGUGUUACGGGCCGUGGAGGCUCCGCUGUUCUGGCUCGGUGCUCUGACCGCGGCCUGGCUGACGCUGAGCUCCGCGUGCCGGCUGGUCGCGGGCUUCAGGGUGUGGGUGCUGGGCAACGGACGGCUCGUGUCACCGACCAGGCUGGGAAAAUGGGCAGUUGUGACUGGAGCCACAGAUGGGAUUGGAAAAGCUUAUGCAGAGGAGCUUGCCCGCAGAGGCUUUGCCAUCGUGCUGAUCAGCCGCUCUCAGGAGAAGCUGGAUGACGUAUCCAAGGCCAUCGCGAGCAAAUGUGGCGUGGAGACCAAAACCAUCGCAGCGGACUUCAGCGCCGUAGAUAUCUACUCUAAGAUUGAAGAUGGACUUGCAGGACUGGAGAUUGGAGUUUUGGUGAACAAUGUUGGAAUAUCCUACUCUUACCCUGAAUUUUUCCUCAAUGUCCCCAAUCUCGACACUUUCAUCGACACCAUGGUCAACAUCAACAUAACGUCAGUGUGCCAGAUGACGCGUAUCGUUUUACCUCGAAUGGUGGAGAGAAAGACGGGCGCCAUCCUCAACAUCUCGUCUGCCAGCGGGAUGUACCCAGUCCCUCUCCUCACUGUCUACUCUGCCUCCAAGGCAUUUGUGGACUUCUUUUCACGAGGACUGCAGGCUGAAUACAAGCGCAAAGGCAUUAUUAUCCAGAGUGUUCUACCAUUUUUUGUUGCGACCAAGCUGAGUAAAAUCCGGCGGGCUACGCUGGACAAACCCAGCCCAGAGCGGUACGUGUCAGCUGAGCUCAACACUGUGGGGCUACAGACCCAGACCAAUGGCUACCUGCCGCAUGCCAUUAUGGUAAGUCUUGGGCUGGGUGACUACAGCUCUGCUCCCUGCCAAGAUCCUCAACAGCCACGUGAUGGGGAUGGGUUUGUCCCAGCGCGCUCGUUACCUUAAGAAGCAGAAGCAGGGUUAGACAGAUCAGCAGCGGCGGGAACAGACAGAGGGGGACCGGCUGUGUUAACGACUCGUCCGACCACCAUCAUCAUGGACCGUGAAGAGAAAAUGUGACAGUUUCUGGGCAAACAUCUCAGUCCCUCUUCCCUCUGAUACUCCCCGUCAUAGAUGAUGUGAGGCAGCAUCUGGUCACGGUUGCCGUUACAUGUAUUCAGUCCAAAACAGUCGUGUGAAAAAUACAGAACAAAGUGGCGCUCUGCAUCGAGUGAUCAGCUUUAAUGAAUGGAACACUAACAUGGAAACUAAAAACGAUUCCCCGAGCUGCCCAUCUGUCUGCAAAACAUGAUCAAAAAUUAAGGAUAUAGAUGAUUUGGAUGCGAGGUCGGAGGUGAAUUUGUGUGUAUGUUCGGGCGUCCUGGGAGUGUGUGGACCAGCUUUUAGCUCUGUUGACGAGCUUAAAACAGUUUAGUAGAACACUGGAGGUGGUACCUAACUCGCUGUUAACACUUUCUGGAGCACUUAAUGUUUUCUUAAGAUUUAAAAGGUGCAAAUGGGUUUUUUGUGAUAUUAAUAGCUUCCAUAAUUCCUCCUUUUUUGACAUUUUUUGCUUUCAUUUCAUAUCAAAAGUUUUCAAAGCUCUCUUUUACAUCUUUCCUCUUCAACUCUGUUUUUUUCAUCUUAAUAUUUCUCCUAAGUAUUGAUGUUGUGGUGAAGGGACUGCAUGUUUGAUUUAACCAAACUGAAUUUUAUCUGUUAAAAUAAAAAAAAUGAAUAAAUAAAAUAGAGGGGAGUCUUUGUAGAUUAAUAACCGGCAAAGAAGGAGAAGUUUCGGUGGGGUAUGAAAAUGUGUGCUUUGUUUACGAACUUUUCAGAUUCAUUCUUACAUCUGUCUGUUAUUGUUUGGCACAACUUUCUAGCCACAAUUUCUUAAAAUCCUUUCAAAAUACACUUGAUCCCGGUAUAAUGAGUUGGCUGAUUGUUUGUGUGUGACAGUAAUUGUGUCACAUCUACGUUAAUCAUUUUUUGUUUUUUUGUUUUGUUUUUUUAACCUGUUUAGACCCAAUCACAAUAUUUAUUCACAAUAACUUCUGGGUAGAAAAUCCUUGCAAAUGUCAUUUAAAAUCAAUCACAGCUGAGCAAAGACUGCCUCUGUGUUAGUUUUUAGCCACCUAAAAAAGGCCCAGUAAAAAAAAAAAAACACUAUCAGUUUAAGUGUUUGCUGUUUUUAGAAUAUUUUCACAGUUUUUUGGCAUCAGACCGCAUUUUCCGGUGGGGAAUUGAAGCCUUUAUAUCAACACCACCAGGCUCCAUUGACAAAAACAGUAAUUUUACAAGAGAGUUGCUGGUUAAUUUGUAAGAUAAAGCAGAGAAAAUAUUCAAAUAUAGCAUACGCUUCCAAUAAUACUGAUGUUUUUAAAACCGUUUUGCAGCUUCCGCGCUGGUAGAUGUGGUUUAUCAAAGGUGUUUUCAAAGCAACAGAAUACAUAAAAUAAGCAGAAACAUCAGAUUGGUUGUGUUCAACACUACAUCUUUAAAUGUUAGUUACGGCUGAAAAUGACAACAGAAAUAAACUGAUUUCACAUAGCGCCGCAAUGGAAACAAAUUGUCAGUUGUCUACCCAGAAGUGAUAGUUGUUGUUAGUGCAACAUCACUGUGAUUCAGUCUAUUGUUGGAUUUACUAAAAUGUCAAACCAAACCAAUGAAAUGUCUUGUGAAAGCUACAUGUAUGUUUGUGUGUUCAUAGAGUAGCGGUCUCAUAUUCCACUUGUCUUGGCUCAGACGCCAGCUUUAAGUCAUACUGUAAUAACUUCUUUGUAAAAGUUGUACCUGACAUUUCACUCAUGCUAACUUUUUGCAGCAGCAGGGGACCGACUUUAGUUCUAAGUGCUUCUCUCAAGGGUAAUGGCAUUAGGUAUCGGACGUACCCCUAAUACCUGCAGUGCAUGCUGUUUGAAAGCAGAACAUUGCAUUUGUCCUUCCAGCCAUCAAUAAAUAUCAAUUCAAAUAACUUCA